AUGAUCGAUCACAUCCUGGCAAAAAGUGUUUCUAGUUUCAAAAACAUGGACGCGGCGCUAGAGGAGGACCAUUUGGCGACCAAUCUCAACUCGGUCAUGUUGGAAGACUUGGCUGACAAAUCCGACCUGCAUGACCGCAAAGAGGACAAGUUCAAUGACGACGACUUGGUUGUCAGGAGCGUGGGCUACGAGAAGACUGUGCUUCAAGCGCUCAACUUGAACGUGCCUAUUGCAGAGAACCUGGAAAAGGGAGGAGGAGGAGGAGGAGGCAGGAGACGCGUCGGCAAGGGCUUGGCGUCGAUGGAUAGCUCUGUUGAAGCUGUGGGAGUAGUUGGAGCAUCGCCGCUUGAGUCGAAAAUGGAUUUUCCUUCCUCGGCAACGGCGGGCCGUGAAUCAGGAGAUGCUGGCGAGACAAAACCCAAAGAUUCUGGUUGUAAAGAGGAUUGCACCGAGACAAAAGAAAACCCCAUUGCAGCAGCGUUGCAUUUGCAGCCAGUAGUAAAGAAGUUUAAAUUGUUCAACAACGAGAACCUCGCUUGCUACUCCCCCAUCGUGGUCAACACUUGUACGCUUACUGAAUCUAAGAACCCAGCCGUAAGCUAUUGGGUCUCACAGGAUUAUGAUUUGUUUUUUUCUUCAGGUGGAAGAAAAUUUGCCCGAGAGAUUGAGGUGGCAAAGUCAUUAAGGUUUGGAGAGGAAGUGCCAGAUUUGACCGAGGAGAGCGUCAUUUACAUCUCGACGAGAAUUGUAAACCCUGGUAGAGUAAUGCUGCAGUAUUUCAACAGUGGGCCCAAGGCGCGCGACUUGUACAUUGAUUUGAUACUAAACAACAGCGGGUGCAGUAUUCUUUUGCAAAUGAUGAAGUUUUUCAAAGAAAAGGAAGCGCUCAUUGAGUCGAAUAUAGCCUCGGUUCACGUUCGGAUGCUGGCCACUUAUGUCAACCAAAUACGCGUCAUCUUUGAAGUGCUCACUCAGAGCACCGAAUUUUACAAAAAGAUCAAAUCGUUGGGGUUGUUUGUUGGCCUUCACCAAUACGCCAACGGGUAUGUGUUUGACGCGUUAACCGAUACCCCGAUCCUUUUGCCUCCCGAGUUGGAGAAAUUGUUGGUGGCUAACGGGUUGGAGAUUUGCGACUUUGCUUACUUGCCCACGAGUUUGAGAGACAUGGCCUUCCAUAACGUCAAGACCAUGAACUUGAGCAAGUUUAACUUGAACAAGGACUUGAAAUACCUCUGCAUAGAUGGCGAAGAAGUGAAAUUGGAAGGUCGAGUUGAGAGUUACCCCAAGAAAUUUCGCGAUUUGGAAGUGGUUAAAUUUGAUAAUUCAGUUGCAAUAAGCAGCACUUUCCACAGAUUCAGGAACUUGACGUCGUUGAGUUUGCUGAACUUGUCCUUUGCGAGAACAAAGGAGUUGACGCUUCCUCACCAAUUGCGGAAACUUGAGCUUAUAAGCUGUUCGCUAAGCUCAAACAUGCAAGCGUUCCCCGACUCAUUAAAGGCAUUAACGAUUAUGAAGAGCAAAUGGAGCCCCAAGAACAACUGUCGACUCGGUAGACUACAAAGAUUAAAGAUUGCAGAUUGCGAAGUCAAGGAUUUGAAGGACAAGAUAGCCGCGUGCAAGUGUCUCCUUCAACUAGAGGUGUCAAAGACCGAGAUUAGCAAUAUCCUGAGGAAUUUUGUCUUUCCUCCAACUUUGAAAAUCUUGAUGCUAACCGAUGUUUGCUUGAAAGGGUUACUGGAGCAGGCGUUUCCCCGUCAAUUGGAAGUGUUGAGUUUAGUCAACAAUGACAUUGCGAGUGUUCCACUAUUGCCCAAAUUGGAGACGUUGCUAAUCUCGGGAAACCCGUUAAAGAAAGAUGUUGACUUGAGCGGCAUCCCCAUCAAAAGCGUUACAUUGCAACAUUGUAGUGGACUCGAGACGGGUGUUUUGCACAACCAGACCCACGCCCUCAAUGUGGCGGGCACAUUGCUUCUGCAAGUGACUGGCAGUGGAUUGACAAAGUUGAUUUUAGACGGUUGCAAACAGAUUGAUUUAAAGAGUUUGGCUCAGCAGUGUCGCAUUACCCAAUUGAGCUUGAAGGACUGCGACAUGUCCGAGUUUGGACACGACUGCCACUUUUUUUCCGAUUUGAAGAUUUUGGAUAUUUCGCAUAACAAGUUGAAGCGGGUCGACUUGCUGAAAUUCGAAAAUUUGCUAGAUGUCGAUCUCUCGAGUAACCACUUGACGGAAGUUGAGUCAUCGCAGCUCCCAUCAUGCCUUAAAUCCAUCAAUGCGAAGCAGAAUGAGAUCAAAGAAGUGAAAAUUGCUGAUAUGCCUUGUCUCGAAUGGCUACAAAUAUCGGACAACAGGAUCAAUGAUGUUUCUCAAAUCAAGGUCCCCGACAAGUUGAACACUUUGAUUGCCAACAAUAACUUUUUUGGCACAGUCGUGACUAGCAAUUUUGUUAUACCACUGGGUCUCCGUCAUCUUGAGCUCAACAAGUGCAAGAUUGCCGAGUUUGACGCGGUACUUCCAUCAAAGUUGAUGUCGUGCUGUUUGAGUGGUAACAAGCUACACAGUCAAUCGUUCAAGAUUGAAUUUGCAGAGAAACCUGCCAAUUUGAAAUUUUUGGAUUUGAGUAGCAACUAUUUCAAGCUGUUUGAUUUCGGAAUGCUUCAAGGCGCUGGAAUAGAGUUGGCAGAGUUGAACUUGGCAAGCAACAUGAUUGAGGAAGUUCCCCAGAUUCCCAGCAACAUAUUAUCGGCUAUUCUUUUCAAAGCUUAA